ACAAAUAUCUUGUUAUCGAUGGCUCCCAUCAUCGAAGGCGCGGUUACUCACAACUCACAAUGUCUUUGUUUCUACCUCUUUCCGUAACUGUGAGUCCCACUCUCUCUCUCAACAAAACCCUUCCUCUUCUCAAACCUCAUUUCCUCUCCUAUAAAUUCAAUUCCUUCAUCUCCCACUGUUCCAAUUCCGAUCGCGAAGAGCACCGUUGGCUCCGCGAGGAGCAGCGGUGGCUCCGCGAGGAGCAGCGGUGGCUUCGUGAGGAGCAGCGAUGGCUCCGCCACCGCGACGAGCUUCUCAGAGAGAUCUCUGACCUUAAGCUCCAAAUCAAAGCCCUAGAACGCCGCCUUUUGAAGCACGAUUUGUCCUCUUCUUCGUCUUCUGUCUCCGACUCGAUUGCGAACGUAACGUCGUUGUUGCAGGUGUUGAAGGACAAGAAUUUGGUUCUAGAGAGUGGUUCGAGUCUGCGGAGUAUGGUGCUUGAGGAGGAGAAGGAAUCCGAAGAGGUUGUUGAACAUGAAAAGGAGGUUCUGGUGGUUGAGGAGGCUGCUGCUAGGGUUGAAAACAGGAUCGCUUUGCGACAAGGUUCUGAAGGAGAAGAGGUUCGAGAGAUGCAGGAAGCGUUGCUGAAAUUGGGGUUUUACUCAGGUGAGGAAGACAUGGAGUAUUCCAGCUUCUCAAGUGGAACUGAGCGUGCUGUGAAGACAUGGCAAGCUGCAUUAGGUGCCCCUGAGGAUGGUAUCAUGACAGCCGAACUUCUAGAAAGACUAUAUUUGGCGAUAAGGACUAUGGACACGGGCAGUGCUAAUGAGAACAAAAAAUCUUCUAUUGUUUCACCAAAGGAUGGUGAAAAUGGAGCUGCAGUUGCUUCUGUAACAAAAAUUUCAGACGUUCAGCAAAAAGUUGUUGGGAAAGGUGAUAAAGGAACCAAAGCCUCCCAUCCGAGAGUUUUCCUCCUUGGAGAGAAUAGGUGGGAAGAACCCUCAAGACUUGCUGCACGUGAUGGAGUUGAUAGGAGCAAGAACAAGGAUGCAACAACUAAAUGCCUUCAAUGUCACGGGGAAGGUCGCCUGUUGUGUACAGAAUGUGAUGGAACUGGCGAGCCAAAUCUCGAACCUCAAUUUUUGGAAUGGAUAGAUGAGGGUACAAAGUGCCCAUAUUGUGAAGGCCUAGGGUAUACUCUUUGUGAUGUUUGUGGAGGGAAAACUAAGCUAUAGCCAAGCUUCAUGUAGCCAUCACACGAUUCACAACACUGCAUCAAGGGUAAGACAUGAAACGGAAACCAACAGUUAACACUUCCCUGACACUCUCUGCACACUUCUCUCCAGCUAUACUUAAAAGACUUUUACUCAUUUCAAAAAGGAUAAGAUGAAUACUUAUUGUUAUUGUGAGAACCCUAGGCCUUAAAUUAUAGUUCCAUUAUCUUCU